AGUCCAAAAUGAUCGAGUUAAAGACGGACAUGCAAAGGAUCAAGGAGAAAUUGUCUGAUUUAGAAACUGAGGACCAUAUUCAUCGAAAACAGACAUUAUUGAAUUCACAAUCUAAAAGAAUGUCAGGACGUUUUACUCUAGGCAAUCAGCCUUCAGAGAAUGGCCAUCAGUUUAUGCAGGACCCACAAGCAGCAAAAGCAUUAAAACCAUUUGGCACAUUAUCAUUGAGAAGAUCCCAAAUUGAUAGACAACGA